UAACCUCAGCUCACAUGGAGCCCUCCUCGCUGCCUGCACUCUCGCGGACGCUCUCUCUUGCCAGCACUGCCACGAGCAGCUCCUCGGAGGAUCUCUACGCGUUCAUCAACGAGUCCACCGAGAUCACACGUCGCACGCGCAAGCGUUUUACAAACGCGCAGCUCACCAUGCUCGAGCAGCUGUUUCAUCAAAAUUCGCAUCCUUCGCGAGAGCAGCGCGAAACGGUUGCCAAAUCGGCCAAUAUGGAGGUCAAGUCUGUCACGAUCUGGUUCCAGAACAAGCGGCAGACGGAAAGGAGGACGACCCUCGCGAAUGGACGCGUCCCUCCCCCCGUCAUCAUUAAUACCCACGCCCCUUACCCGUGUCCCCUACCCUCCCCCGUGACUUCGCCGUCAAUGUCGAGCAGCGCAUCGUCUAUUUCGAGUUACUCCUCUACAUCUGUGUCGCGAAGACCGUCUCUGGAUUCUGUUGCUUCGCGCUCUGAGCUACGUGCACCGGCGCCGCGAACACCAUCACGACGCCACAAUCCACGUGCACCUCUCUGGGAAAACAUGCCUUCUUCGCCCGUAGGACCGGACUUCAGCCCUCCUGCUCGCGAAUUCGUGGAAUUUGGACACGAGCGGAAACACGAGAGGAGGCGCACCCUGGAAUGGGCCUGUGCACGAAGCCGGAUGGCGGAGAAGGGGGAUCCUGAACAACUUCCCAAGCUUUCGCAUGAUGAGGACACUGACGUGGAACUUGACGAGGCGGUCACACCUCCCAGUACAUGGGGAGGAGGGGAUGCACGUUGGAACGAAAAGGGAAAGCAAAAAAUAGGGAUUCAGAGCGCCGAGGUCACAGCAACACCCAAAGCACAGACUUCCACGAGCGUAGACGAGGAUACGAUGAAGGCAGCGAUUGCUUUGUCACUACUUAUGCGCGGUUGAGUAGUGACGGACACUUCAAAUUUCUGGAGUUGGGUAGGUCUUGACGAGCCUUUAUAUAAAUAACUUUAAGAUAGGAAAUUUAUUUCUGAUCUGUGCUACAUCCAC